ACAGGAAAACAAACUAUAUUGUUGGCUCGCUUUCGCUCUUGUUUCUUCGUGAGAAAAUUUUCGCCUCGUCAUUCGUAAAUUUUUCCAAGAUGUGGAUCCAGCUCCUCGGAUUUUCCUGUCUUCUAAGUUUUCUUGAAGCAGAAAAGAACCCUUCUAAUUUUCCAGAAUGUAAAGUUAUGAGCACUGUUGCCAGUCAUUUAAAAGAAGAGAUAAAGAUAGCCCUGCAAAAAGAUGCUGUUUGCCAACGAAACAUACAUUGUACAGGAGUGAACUGCACUUGGUCAGGUGGGGGUUCCCUUGAAGUUGAUUUACAACACUGUAAAGAUCCUGUCUACUAUCAUCUUUUCCUAAAUGUUCCAAGCAAGGGCAUAAGAAACAAAGGUGUUCAACUGAAGCAGGGUAAAAAGUUCAGGGUUUAUAAUGAUCCUCACAUAGGAGAAGUUUACCUACAUGUGAAAACACUGUCACGAAAAGAGAAUGUUAUAACAACCAACGUUGUUUGGGAAGUUUGUCCUCCUAUAGUGAGUUGCCGUACAUUAACUGUAGUGGACAAGGAAUUUUGUGUGAAAAUGCAAAGCUGCCCAGGAUUCAAUACAAGUACAACUCAUUACAAGCCAUGUGGUACUGCACCUGAACCGACAGGUCAUCCCUCAGGUCCUCACUCUGAAACGAGGAAAAGAUAUUCAACAGAUCAUCCCACAGGUCCCCACUCUGAACCGAGGAAAAGAUAUUCAACAGGUCAUCCCACAGGUCCUCACUCUGAACCAAGGAAAAGAUAUUCAACAGGUCAUCCCACAGGUUCUCACUUUGAAGCAAGGAAAAAAAAUUCAACAGAUGAUUCAUCUUUAUCCACAGCAGCCAUCAUUGGCAUCAGCGCAGCUGGACUUGUAGCCAUCCUUGUGGUGAUUGGUACAGUUGUUUACUGGAAGAAGUAUCACCACCGUUCACGCCUGCGUGCUGCAUACUACAAUGAUAUCUCCAUGCAUGACCCUCUGUAUGAAGACUUUGGCCCUGAAGUUGCAUAAUUGAGAAGUUUUGCUUUGCUAUGUGACAGUGACACAGCUACAGUCAGCAUGGAUGUUUUAAUGCAAUCGACAAUCUUCAACAAAAUGAUUGAGGCAGCCUUCCAUUUGACUUGAAAAACAGCCAAUCCAUAUAUUCUGUCUCCAUUCCCCUACCGUGUGACAAAGUUGAUACUUUGUGGGUACCGUACUUAGUGUGCUCAUAUCUUCAUAGUGAACAGGGCUAGAAGGAUUGGGUCAGGGAAAGUAACAAAGUGAAUUCAGUGGUUCAGUCAACUGUACUUUAUUUCAUAAAUGAAACUUGAAGGCAAAAUUUUCAAACAUUUUGUGGAAGAUUGUGGGAAGUACUGUUCUUCGUGCUUGUUUCAACUUUCUUUACCUUUCCCUUUUUAUUGUUGUUGUUUGUUAAGGCAAAGGUUAUUUUUUGCUUUCUUUGUAAGAUAUGAUUAUAGAAUAGCUGGUGUUGUGGUGUAGGUAUCGAUUAAUGUGUUUUUAUUUAUCUAUUUCUUAAUCUUUGAUUUUGGUUCUCUUGUCAUCUGGUUAUCACACCAUUUUGGCGCACGCAUGGUCUUGAAUUACAGCCUACUGUUACAGUAGUUGUUUCACAGCAAAGUACAGAUAUCACACCUUGAUGUGCUCUAAGGCUUAACUAGCAAAGCGAGGCUGAGAAUAUUUGAAACUUGGCUGCUGGCUAAAGCUAUUAAUGAUAAAGCUGGCCAUAUUUAAAUGUAAAAUGUUAAAUUUGUCAAAUUUCACUAAAAUAUUAUAAGGGUAUGUAGUAGUUGGUACAGAAACUGCAUGUAAAAUAGUUCAUAAUCCUUCCAGAUUGAUAUAAUAUCUCCGUGUGAGGAAGGAUUGACCUUCCAUUUUGUGAGGGUUGGGAGGAUAGUUAUAAACAUUUCGGCAGCCAUCUGUUCGUUCAAUUGAGAAGUUUGCGUGAUUAGUGUUACUGGAUUUUGUCACGCAAGUGAACUGCGCACCUACCCCUCCCCUAACCCAACAUUAACCCUAACUUUUUACCAGUUGACUGUUAUUGGGAUAGGGGAGUGGUAGGUGCGUAGUUACUCAGAUACUGGCAUUAAUUCUUGUCAGUUAUAUAGAACACUUCUUCCUUAACCCUUUAACUCCCAGAAGUGAUCAACAUGAAACCUCUCUCUAUUACAUGCUCACAUUGUCCAGCAAAAUGCUAGUGAGAAUAUUCUAACUUAUCAGGUAGAAGUUAUCUUGAUCUAACACCAAAUUCUCAUAAUUUAAUUUACAAGGAUACCUGUAGCAGCUAGAGGGGAGAAUUGAAAAUUAGAUCUUGGGAGUUAAAGGGUUGAAGCUGCAAGCUUAUCUGAUGGUUAAAAUAAUUUAGAAUGAACGAAGUUGUGCAACUUUCUGUUACCUUGAUCGCACAAUAUUUAGUGCUGCAAUACUGUGAUGAAAUAGCGUAGCUCGAGGAGAUUAGUGAUGGAAGCUGAUCAUGAGUGUCUUAGUAAUGCGUUUAUACUUUUUUUUUUGUCAGGCAGUAGCUAUUUUUAGUACCUGGUAAGCUGGAAAUGUAAACAUGUACAUAACUUUUACUUAUAAACGGGUUCGGAAACUUCCUUAGGCGACGAACGUGUGAAUUCUAUCGAUGUUUUUAAUGUUGAAUUUUUGGAAGUAAAUCAAUAAACGUAGCCAUGAUACACUUAA